AUGCAGGGCUUCUUCUGCAAGGGCCGGUGCGAGCGGGACUGGUGCAAGGCUAACGACGACGUGUGCGACUGCCACGCGGUGCUGAAGUCGAGGGGUUACCAGGUGCCCCUCGACGCCCCCUCGGCGUUCGCGAGGGCCGGCGCCGCGGGCUGGGCCGCCUCGCUCGGCUGGGAGGCCGCCAGCAUUCCCGGGUGGACCCCGCUGCGGGGCGAGCAGCUGGAGGUGCGGCCGUCCUCCCUGGCCGGCGCGGGGCGCGGGCUCUUCGCGCGCGGGGCGCUCCCCGGGGGCGCGGUGCUGCCCUACGCCGGCACCCUCCUGACGUUCGCCGAGGUCGGCGAGAGGGUCCGCACGCCGCGGAUGAGCUACACCUGGUGCCCGCGGUCGAGCGCGAAGGCGGUCAAGAACAUGACCCAGGCGGAGCUCGAGCGCGGGCCCGCCGCGCGGGACAUGGCGUUCUGCGUCGACGCGUCGGGGCCGGGCCCGGAUAGCCCUGCGCGCUUCAUCAACGGCGCGAACGCGCUGGACCAGUGCGGCUCCGUGAACGUGGACAUCUGCGAGCUCGGGGGGGUGAUGUACUUCCGGACGAGGGGGGAGGUGGCGCCGGGCCGCGAGCUCAUCGCAGACUACGGGCCCUCCUACUGGAAGGGCUUCCGCGGCUGCUAGGGCGGCGUGUACUGGUGCAGGUCCCCGACGUCUGGCGCUUGAGAGGUCGCCCGUCCCUACCGCCGCAUGCCGCCGCCCGCCGCCCGCCAGCCGUCGCUGCUGCGGGCGAAGAGAUACAGGCCUCGGAGCAAGUUAGCAAGCAAUCAUGCCACACUACGAGAAGCGGGAGGAGGCAAGAGGGAGGAGGCCUGCUGCCGCUGCCUGCGCUACCGCGGGCGGCGCCUCCGCCUCUCGCCUCCGCCGGUAUAGCCGCGGCGCGCGCGCGCCCGCUGCCCGCUGCACCUCCUCGCGGCACACCCUCCCAGCAGCGCGAG